AUGGCGUCCACCAAGAAGCCCGAAUGGUACCAGCAUGAAGUCCAGAGUAUCAAUCCCGAAGCGCAGAGGCUGCUAGAAAGCUAUAGCGGCUUCCGUCCGGACGAAGUUCUCCCACAUGUCUUGAAGCUUCUGAUAGUAGUGAACCACGUCUACUCAAAGCGCGACGAAGCCUUCUCCGUCUUCCACUAUCCAUGCAUUGGGCAUUUACGCUUCCUUACAUUCCAGCUACCCCACCACCCGGCUUAUCAGCGCAUACUAUCACGUCUCCGCGAUGAUCCCAGCACCGGCAUUCUCGAAGCCGGCUGCUGCUUCGGUCAAGAAAUUCGUUUCCUCGCCGAUCAGGGUAUUCCAAGUCACCAGCUUUAUGGAUGCGACUUAGAACAACCAUUUAUCGAUCUUGGUUAUCAGCUCUUCCGCGAUCGAGAAAGUCUGAAUGCCACUUUCGCCGUGGGAGACCUGAGCUCGCCUGACUGCCUGGACCCUGCGAGCCCGAUCUUUCAGAAUUUAGCCGGGAAAAUCGACAUCGCCUUCGCGAGCUCCCUGUUCCACCUGUGGGACUAUGAGGAGCAGCUCCGGGUCGCCACGCAUUUGGUCCGUCUUUGUCGACUUCGACCUUACACGAUGAUUGUUGGGCGCCAGUUGGGGAAUGUACUCGGCGGGAGUUAUCCGAUGGCAGAUGUCGCGGCAGGAACAAACUACCGACAUAACGUCCAAACGAUCAAAGGCUUCUGGUGUGAUGUGGGACAGGCCACUGGGACGCGCUGGAUCGUCGAGGCAGAUCUAUAUAUGGGGGAGGAAUUGACUAAGGUCAAGAAUGCCGAAUGGGCAAAUGAGAACGAUCGCAUGCUUUGGUUUUGCGCUACACUACAAUAG